CGGCGCGGGGGGCCGGCGAGCCGUCCGCUGCUGGCCGCGUCCGUUCCGAGGAGGCGGUGCACAGGUGCCCCGAUUGCGCGAAGUGCUUCAGGUGGAGAUCCACGCUCACCUCCCACCGGCGCGUGCACAGCGGGGAGCGGCCGUUCAGGUGCGACGAGUGCGGGAAGGGCUUCAAGAACAGUUUUGGCCUCGUCCGCCACCGGCGCAUCCACACGGGAGAGCGGCCGUACGGCUGUGCUCGGUGCGCGCAGAGCUUCAGGAGCCGCUCCCACCUCGACCGCCACCAGCUCACCCACACCGGAGAGCGGCCCUACAAGUGCCCCGAGUGCGGGAGGGGCUUCACCAGUAACUCCGACCUCACCCACCACCGGCGCAUCCACACCGGAGAGCGGCCCUACAGGUGCCCCGCCUGCGGGAAGGGCUUCAAAAGCAAUUCCGAACUUGUCCACCACCGGCGCAGCCACACGGGAGAGCGGCCC